AUGCCCGUCUUUGUUGUUCCCUACCAAAAGUUAGGGCUUUUUUUUUCCAAUCCUUUUCCUCGCCCGGAACUCUCUUCGCCUGGACAAGAUUAUCGCCGGAGAUUAGCACCGACCGGGAUUCUGGUUUUGUUAUUUUUUGGUUCUCUCUUGUUGUUCUAUCAGAAGCGUCUUCUGGUCUCGAUUUUCUUCGGCGCUUUCAAGUGUGUGAAGAUGGAGAGAGCAGUUUCUGGAAUCAGAGUGUGAAAUAGGGAAGCUUUCUUUGACGUAGAUAUAGAGUGGACCAUAUAAUGGAUGAUCAUUUGGUUGAUGAGACGCUGGAAAUGGAACAUCAUGGGGUUGGAGAUGAUGGAGAUGCUGAACCUAGUGAUAGUGGUGAACCUACUAAUGUCGAGAAUUCAUCGGGAGUUCGGGAUGAGGAUGGAAUUGUGGAGCCUUGUCUUGGAAUGGAAUUCGAUUCUGAAAGUGCUGCAAAGUCUUUGUAUGACGUGUAUGCUAGACGUGUAGGUUUCACUUCUAAACCCGGUUCUAAAACUGAUGGGUCGAUGAAUUCUCGGGAAUUUGUAUGUAGUAGUAGCAAAGGGUCGAAGAAAAGGCCUGCAGAGAGCUGUGAUGCGAUGAUUAGGAUAGAAAUGAAGGGUCAGGAUAAAUGGGUUGUCACAAAAUUUGUCAAAGAGCAUUCCCACGGGUUGAUGAGUCCCAACACACUUCACUGUCUUCGUCCUCGUAGGCAUUUCGCCAAUUCGGAGAAAUGUAUGCCCGAGAGCUUUCAGGGGACAGCUAAUGUUCCUACUGGUACGAUGUAUGUUUCUAUGGAUGGAAAUCGUACUUCGCUGGAAUCAAAUAGUAGAGGAGCUAGAAACAGUCACAGAGAUUCAACUAAGAACAUGGGACCAAUGAACUAUAGGGUGAUGCCUACGAACAGAAAGAGAACACUAGGGCGGGAUGCACAUAAUCUUUUGGAAUAUUUUAAGAGGAUGCAGGCUGAAAACCCUGGCUUUUUCUACGCAAUGCAGCUUGAUGAAGAUGGUCAGAUGACUAAUGUUUUCUGGGCUGAUUCAAGAUCGAGAACUGCUUAUGGUCACUUUGGUGAUGCAGUCAACCUGGAUACAAGGUACAGGUACAAUCAGUUUAGGGUUCCUUUUACCCCCUUGACCGGGGUGAAUCAUCAUGGCCAGAUGAUUCUAUUUGGAUGUGCAUUAAUGUUGGAUGAGACAGAGGCUUCGUUCACCUGGCUGCUUAAGACCUUUCUCACGGCUAUGAAUGAUCGGCAACCCGUCUCUUUGGUAACUGAUCAAGACAGGGCUAUACAGAUUGCUGUUGCUCAGGUGUUUCCAGAAACUCGUCACUGUAUUAAUAAAUGGGAUGUGCUAAGAGAAGGACAGGAAAAGCUAGCUCAUGCUUGUCUUGCUUAUCCUAGUUUUCAGGUAGAACUAUAUAACUGUAUCAAUUUCACUGAAACUAUAGAAGAGUUUGAAUUAUCCUGGACCUCCAUCAUUCAAAAGUAUGACCUUGGAAGACAUGAAUGGCUGAAUUCUAUAUAUAAUGCUCGAGCUCAAUGGGUUCCUGUUUACUUCCGGGAUUCCUUUUUCGCUGCAGUAUCUCCUGCCCAAGGUUAUCCUGGUUCCUUUUUUGAUGGGUAUGUGCAUCAACAGACAACAUUACCGAUGUUCUUUAGGCAAUAUGAAAGAGCUAUGGAGAGUUGGUUUGAGAGGGAGAUUGAAGCAGAUCUUGACACAAUCAACAGCCCCCCGGUCUUGAAGACACCGUCACCUAUGGAAAAUCAGGCAGCAAAUCUCUAUACACGGACGAUUUUUGCAAAAUUUCAGGAAGAGUUGGUCGAGACAUUUGCUUAUACUGCUAAUAGAAUCGAUGGUAAUGGAACUACCAGCACAUUCAGAGUUGCAAAAUUUGAGAAUGACAAUAAAGCUUAUAUUGUUACAUUUGACUAUCCUGAAAUGAGAGCAAAUUGUAGCUGCCGAAUGUUUGAGCAUUUGGGUAUUCUCUGUAGACAUGUUUUAACGGUGUUUACAGUCACGAAUAUACUCACUCUACCUCCACAUUAUAUCCUGAGACGGUGGACAAGAAAUGCCAAGAGUGGGGCUGGGGCCGAUGAACAUUGUGGUGAAAAUGAUCAUGAGAGUAUGACACGCCGUUAUAACCGUCUCUGCCGUGAAGCCAUCAAAUAUGCAGAGGAAGGGGCUAUUGCAGUGGAAACAUAUAAUGUUGCAUUAGGGGCACUUAAAGAAUGUGGGAAGAAGGUUGCAGCUGCCAAAAAAAAUGUGGUCAAGGUUACACAGUCUAUCUCCCAGGCUGGUGGACUUGUUAGCGACGACAAGAAGGCCUCACUAUCCGCUGCGGACUCAACCCCAUUGUUGUGGCCGCGACACGAUGAAAUGAUACGAAGAUUUAAUCUUAACGAUGGUGGGGCCAUGGCUCAAUCUGUUGCUGAUCUGAAUCUGCCCCGCAUGGCCCCCGUGUCCCUUCACCGUGAUGAUGCUGCCCCCGAUAAUAUGGCGGUUCUUCCACAUCUGAAGUCAAUGACUUGGGUGAUGGAAAGUAAGAAUACAACCCUGGGCGGUAAAGUUGCAGUUAUUAAUUUGAAGCUGCAUGAUUACAGCAAGUUUCCGACAUCCGAAAUGGAGGUCAAAUUUCAGCUCUCUAAAGUCACACUUGAACCUAUGUUGAGGUCGAUGGCUUACAUUAGCGAGCAGCUCUCGGCUCCAGCUAAUAGGGUGGCCGUCAUCAAUUUGAAGCUUCAAGACACAGAGACAACGUCAGGAGAGUCAGAGGUUAAGUUUCAAGUGUCUCGGGAUACACUAGGAGCCAUGUUGAGAUCUAUGGCUUACAUCCGCGAGCAGCUCUCUCUUGUUGGUGAGCCACAAGCAAAGAAGCAGCGGAAAGUGAUGUAAUAUGGGACAAAACCCUAUGAUGCCUGUGAGGAAAAACAGACAGGACAAGAAUUGUUCAUUUGGAUUUUGCUUCCUUAGUUUUAGCAUUUUAGGACACUCUCUUUUGUUCUGUCUUGAGCUCUGGUUUUUGAUUUCUUGUAUUGAAUGUUUUUAUUUGUUUUUCUCAUUGUAAAGUGUGUAAAAAGUUACCAUUUGAGUGGACAACGGUUCCAAGUGUACAUAAUAUCAUUUUCUUUACCGAUA